AACAACAGAAUAUGGCGGCUAACUGCGACAAACGAAGCCCGGCGGAGAUUCUAGAGAGUUAUCGGGCAGAGGCUCAAAUCUUUGCAUCUAAUGAAUCUGUGGCCGACUUUUACAACUCGUGGGCACGAAGGUACGAUCAGGAUACUUUGGGCGGAGGUUAUAAAGCUCCGGUUGAAUUUGCUGCUAUAGCAGCUGAGUUGAUUGAUGACAAAUCUUCCAGGAUUCUUGAUGCCGCCUCAGGAACAGGACUGAUUGGACAAGAGUUGAAGAGAGUCGGCUUCACUUGCAUUGACGCUUUGGAUCCUUCCCAGGCCUCCCUGGAUCAGAGCAAGGAACAUCAGUCCUACAGCGAGUAUAUAUGUGACAGGCUGGACGGGCACAAGACAAAAAUUCCAGACAAUCACUACAAUGCAGUUUUGAUAGCUGCCGCAUUUGGUGUCCCUGGUCACGUGGACGAAUCCAGUUUUCCAGAACUUAUUCGCAUUACAAAUCCAGGUGGUUACAUCAUGUUUACUGUGAGCGAAAAGGUGCUUGAGCAGAUAGAGGAGAGGAUGGAAGUAGCCAUUGGUGCUCACAGCCAGCAGGGACGAUGGGAGAUUGUGGGAUAUCGCUGGAUUCAGUACAUCCUCAACGAGAAGUUGGAUGAAAAAUCAAAAGUGCCAAUUCUCAGAGUCCUGGCAAAGUGAAAAUAUUGUUGAUUUCAACAAAAUUGAUGGGUCCUGGCAUUGAUAAAUCGCCUUUAAAUUGUGCCACUAUUAGGCCUUUCCUUUUCGUUUACUGACGUCGAACGCCAUUUUGUAUCAGCCACCAUCUUUGCGUACUUUUUUUAACGGAAAUUGCUGUAACACACACCUCUUCACACAAAAUGGCAGACGAUAGACGGUAAAUGAAUUAAAUAUAUUGUCAAAUGAUAAGAAAAAAAUGCCAGACGCACAGAAACGUCUGUUGAAGCGUGGGUGGAUUCGGAAUGUGACUUCUUGUCCUGAUUUUAGGCUAGACCUUGGAAGGGAAAUGGCGAUUGUGACGGCUACAUGUUCAAGGUUUCAUGACUGUUAUUUUGGAAUUUUUCAUGUAUCUGUGAUACAUUUAUACUCAUUUCUCUAGCAUUGCUGAAUUGUUUUCUAUUUUACAUCCUGUUCUUUUCUAAAUCCUGUCUCUGUUACCUCAGUCGUGUAUUCGAUUCGAUUUUGGUUCAUGCUUAUUCGCUUUGUGUUUUGGUCAAAUUUAUGUUUUCUCUCUUUUCUAUUUCGGACUCAAUAUAUUUAAUCUUGUUUCUAAUAUUUAAUGCAAUUGUGGAGUUUUAAAUGGGUUAUGUAAUCUUUUUUUACAACUCGCAACUGAUGUCUGGGUACUAAACAAAUAAGUAAAAGAAAAUGUAAAGAAAUCAAAUUAUCCCGUCUGUAGUUUCCCAGAAACCACGCUUAGAAACUAAUAUGUCACCGUUCCACUUAGGUUCAUUUUGCUCGUGAUUUGUGUGUGUGUAUGUGACCCGACAUUGAUUCAGUGUAGGCACGACUCCUGAAAGGUUACCGCACCUGCUUGUUAUCUUUCGUCUGGUGGCUUCACGAUAUGUCGAGAUUCCGAAGUGAGCCAGACUGCAGACGAAGACACAGAUCAGGAUUACUGAUCAGUCGAACCAGUCGGCGAGCUCCAUGAAUACGAGCGAUUCACAAUAGUGCCCCCCCAAGAGUUUGCAACGCGUUGACCAAUCACAA